AUGACCUCCACCGGCUCCGGAUGGGCCCAGCUGCGGCAACAAGCCCGCUCGCUCGAGACUCAGACAGAGAACCUCUUCCACACAUACGCACAAUUUGCUUCUCUCACAAAGCUUCCACAAACACCUACAGAAGAGGAAGUGCGAACUGAGUCGCAGUUGAAAGACCUUCUCGAAAAGCGCGAAUCGCUCAUCGCACAACUCUCCCGCCUUCUUGACUCUGAAGCUACCCUCACCUCCUCCGCCUUAAAGCAGAACAACCUUUCCAGACACCGUGAAGUCCUUCAAGACCAUCGCCGCGAGCUGCAGCGCCUAACCUCCGCAAUGGCGGAGACGCGCGACCGCGCAAAUCUACUCUCCAACGUCCGCUCCGACAUCGACGCCUACCGCAAUUCGAACCCCAGUGCCGCCGAAGCAGACUACAUGCUCGAGGAGCGCGGGCGGGUCGACAAUAGCCAUAACAUGAUGGACGGCGUGCUCAGCCAGGCCUACGCAAUCAACGAGAAUUUUGGGAUCCAGCGCGAAAACCUGGCUAGCAUCAAUCGUCGCAUCGUCGGCGCAGCCAGCCAGGUGCCCGGCAUGAACUAUCUCAUCGGCAAGAUCGGGACCAAGAAGCGGAGGGAUGCGAUUAUCUUGGGGUGUUUCAUUGGUUUCUGUUUCUUAAUGUUGCUUUACUUCCACUAG